AUGGAAGCCAUUGCCGAUAGCCUGGCACGCUCAGAUUAUGACAUUGUUUGUUUACAAGAAGUGUGGGUGUAUGACAAUUACGAAUUAGUUAGGAACAGAACUAAAAAGCGGUUAACUAGUGCAGUAGUUGACCAUCCAGUGUCUGGGUUAAUCGAAGUAUUCAAUACUCACGUUCAUGCGAGUUACGGGUCUAAAAAAAAUGAUGAAUAUCUGGCACAUAGAGUUUCUCAAGCUUGGGAAGCCGCAAAUUUAAUGAAAAUUUCAGCUUCACGAGGACGAAAUGUUGGUGAUUAUAAUAGCGAGCAAGAUACCCUUGCAUAUAAACUUAUCACUCAACAUGGACAGAUGACAGAUUCUUGGCAAUCUCAAAAUUCCGAUACACCGAUUAGCGCUUCCACCACCUCCAUUAACCAAAUUAACCAACAAGAAGCUGGUUUACCUGCAUUCGAUGCGAACGCAGCCAUCCACCGAAAAGGUAUUACUUGUGACUCUCCGAUUAAUACAUGGUCUAAGAUUCCAGAAUUGGGAUACUCUUAUUCCGAUCAUUUUGGUGUUGAAGCUACAUUUACACUUGUUGGACGCGACAAGAAUUCAGUUAUUCCGUUAUCUGUUUGGGAACAAGGCCCUUAUGAAACUUUACAUGAAUUGGAUACUCGCACAAUUAAAAACAUGAUUGAACUUCUCGAUAGGGAUUUGAGCAGAUCACAAACCACAUCACGUGUACAGAUAUUUUUGUUUUAUAUUUGUCUAUUAUUGGUGUUUGGAUUAAUUGCCAUAGAAAUUUUAUUUUCAAUUGGAACAAUAUCAACUUAUUUUUGGGUGAAGAUAAUUAUUAAUGUGGCAAUUGCACCUAUUGCAGUCUAUGGUGCCAUUAUGGGAUAUGUUGGAGUUGUCUUUGGUAAUUCGGAGAAAAACGCGCUUAAGCAACUUAUCAGCGAGAUUCGAACAUAUAACGAGGGAAAAAAAACUCUUGAGAGUAGAGAGAGUAAGGGAAGUAGUGUAGGGUUUGAAGAUAAUGAUAGUGGCCAACGAUCAUCCGCAGCAGUUGGAAUAAAUAUCGAACUUGGCUCUAAAGAUGCACCGUAUAAACUAUAA